UGGAGCAUUAUCGCGAGGUUCCGUCUUCCUCUCCUCCGCUCUGUCUUCCCCCAACUCUCUGAAGUGAGGGUUCCGCCCCGUCCCGCCCCCCGUCGUCCGCGCCCCGCCCCGUCCCCUCCCGGCGCCCCGCCCCGCCCGCCGAGUCCCGGCUUGCUGUCCAGCGCCCCUGCGCCCGGGAGCGCUGGCUUCGCUGGUCGAGGCCUGUUUCUUUGCUACUUCUGAUCAUCUGCAAAGCUAAGAAGAAAGAAAGAAAAGAGAAUAAAGAGAUGAAAGAAAGAAAAUAUUAGAAUAUAGGACAAUAUUUAGAUAGUAAGAAGUGAAGAAAAUGAAGCUAAAUGGACCAAUUUUGACAAGAUGUAGUGCUGCAGUGUGCCUGAUGGGAUAUGUUGAGUCAUGGCAUCUGAACUUUGUAAGACGAUCUCUGUGGCAAGGCUGGAAAAGCACAAGAAUUUGUUCUUAAAUUAUAGGAAUCUGCAGCAUUUCCCAUUGGAGUUACUAAAAGAUGAGGGACUACAGUACUUGGAGAGACUCUACAUGAAAAGGAACUCCCUUACAACCUUGCCAGAAAACCUUGCUCAGAAGCUUCCAAACCUUGUGGAACUGUAUCUUCACUCAAAUAACAUAGUUGUGGUUCCGGAAGCCAUUGGGUCCCUUGUAAAACUACAGUGUUUGGAUCUUAGUGACAAUGCCUUAGAAAUUGUUUGCCCAGAAAUUGGUCGUCUGAGAGCUUUACGUCAUCUUCGAUUAGCUAAUAACCAACUGCAAUUCCUACCUCCAGAGGUUGGCGAUUUGAAGGAGCUGCAGACACUAGACAUUUCUACCAAUCGUUUGCUAACUUUACCCGAGAGGCUUCACCUGUGCCUUUCUCUGCAGUACCUCACUGUGGACCGAAAUCGUCUAUGGUGUGUGCCGCGCCAUCUCUGCCAGCUGCCCAGCCUCAAUGAGCUCUCCAUGGCUGGAAACCGUCUUGCAUUUUUGCCGCUUGAUUUAGGUCGAUCUCGAGAACUACAAUAUGUGUACGUGGAUAACAACAUUCAUCUGAAAGGCUUGCCGUCCUAUCUGUACAACAAAGUCAUCGGGUGCAGUGGCUGUGGUGCUCCCGUUCAAGUUUCUGAGGUGAAGCUGCUCUCCUUUUCAUCAGGGCAACUAACAGUUUUCCUCCCUGCUGAGGUGAAGGCCAUAGGGACAGAGAAGGAUCACGUCCUGCCUCUGCAAGAGCUGGCCAUGAGGAGUCUGCAUCACACCUACCACAGUUUUCUGAAAGAUCUGGACUUUCUGUCUCCAAUCUCGUUACCCAGAAGUCUCCUGGAGCUGCUGCACUGCCCCUUGGGGCACUGUCACCGGUGUAGUGAGCCCAUGUUUACGAUUGUCUACCCCAAGCUAUUUCCCUUGAGAGAGACGCCAAUGGCAGGGCUGCACCAGGGGAGGACAACUGUGAGUUUUGUGGCUUACUGCUGCUCCACCCAGUGUCUGCAGACUUUUGACCUACUGAGUUGAUAAACACUCAAGAGCCUCAGGAGUGUUGCCAGCUUGACACUGCAGUUGCCUGCAUAUCGCACAGUGUGACAGAGGGACAGGAGAGUCCAGCCAGGCCCAACAGGCCCUUCCGUCCUGUCCUGUCACACUUGGAGACUGCAGGACUCUGGAAAUGUCAUGAUCGAGCUUCAGAGCUGAAAUGCCUUCACCCUUCCCCCAAGUUGGAAUAUAUCCUUCCCCAAAUUAAGAACCCUUUGUCUUCUGUGUUUUUCUUUUAUGUCAGCGAGUCUCUUAUGCAGACUAUUUAGUUUGAUGUGCCUCCCCAAAUCCAAUUUAGAGCAAGUUUAAGCUCCCUGAAGAACUGUAAUUUGAUAAUAUAACCAAAUUAACUUUUGAACACACA